GGACAAGGCUGCACGUUAUGGGACAGCUCAGGAAAACAUGGUGGAGCUGGGUCAGGCCCUGGGCAGGGAGGAGGGGGCCGAGGUGGUGGCCGGGCAUGGAGCCCAGGUGAGGAGAGAGGCCAGGGUGGCUGCCAGUGAGGCAACAAGGGCCACCAUGGUGAGACAGCGGCUGGAGGCGGCCCUGGGGCUGCUGGAGUGCUUGGUGGCCGCGUGUGACGAAGCCACCGCGUUCCCCCGGGAGCUGCUGCGCCUGCUCAGGGACACCAAGGCCACCUUGAAGGGGACAAAUGAGGCAUCUCUCAAUGUCCUCAAGGGCUUGGUGGCCAAGGUGGCCCAGGUCGAGCGGCUGUGGGAGGCCAACGCCCACCUGGCCAAAGAUCACCUGCUGGGGGCAGUUGACAACAUCAUCAAGGUCUAUUUCACCGGUGGUUGCGCCAGACCCAGUGCCUGUGAGGUGGCUGAGCGGUGUCAAAGAGCCAUCGAGGACAUCCCAAGGCUCCUUCGACCCCCAGAGCAUCCCCAGAGUGUCCCCAAUGUAUCCCCAGUGACCAUGGAGCCCCAAGAGGUGUCCCCUCCACAGCUUCAGGUGCUGGUGGCCGUGGUGGCCACCCUGGGCGAGCUGCUGGCCACCAUGACUGGGCCACACAGCGACAAGUCCCCAAACUCUUUACAUGAGGACCUGAAGAACUUCACCCGGAGCCUUCGUGCAAUCCUGAACCACAGCAAUGUCGCCUCCCUGGGCCACCCUGGUGUCGCCUCCCUGGGCCGGGCCCUGGCCACCCUCGGGGCCACCCCUGGGACCACCUGGGCCAAUGGGAGAGCCGCGGCCAAGGCCUGGCGAGAGUUGGUGGCCAGGCUCGUGGACCGCUGGGACUGGAUGUCCAGGGAGGCCACCAAGCUCCGUGACAACCACAGGAAGGUAAUCGCGAACCAGCAGCUGAUGGUGGCCCUGGACAAGGAGGAAGUGGCCGGGGAAAUGGCUACAUACAAUGCCCAGGUGGCGGCAGCCACCAAUGAGGCCAUGGGAGAGGCUGUGGUGGCCACCAGGAGGGGACAUUGGGCACUGGUGGCCCUGGGGCUGCUGCAGCGCUUGGUGGCCACGUGUGACAGAGCCACCUUGUUCUACUGGAACAUGGAGUGGCGGCUCAGGGACAUCGAGCCCAUCCUGAAGGGGACAAACGAGGUGUCCCCUGAUGUCCUCCAGGCCUUGGUAGCCAAAGUGGCCAAGUUUGAGUGGCUGUGGGGGGCCAGCACCCGCCUGGCCAAGGAUCACCUGCUGAGGACACCUGGGGUCAUCGACAACAUCCUCUUGAGUCCCUAUGAUGGUUGUGGUGGCCCCGGUGGCCCUGGCAGCUGCACAGUGGCCAAGCAGUGCCAAAAAGCCAUCGAGGACAUCCCGAGGCUGCUGCAGGAAAGUUUCACAUGGGAGCACUGACAUCAUCAGGGACAUCACUGCUGUCACCUGUGCCCUCCCUGUGCAGUAUUUGAGACAGAUUUGGGGAGCAGAGGAAUUUUCUAGGAAUUUUCAAUGAUACUGUCCCAAAUCCUGAUGGGAAUUCCUGGGGUGACAUCACUGGGGACACUCUGGGGACACUCAGGGACACUCUGGGGACAGUCAGGGACAGGGGACAGGGGUGAAUGGGUCCCCUCAGCAGCUUCCAGCUUUCCACUGUGCCUGCAGCACAGCCGGGUCAUAAAUGCCAAUUUAAUAAUUGCCUUUUGCACUCUUGUAUUGCCUUUUACACAUUGUUAUUGAUCACCAGCAAUUUGAUACAGUGUUUGAUACCAAUAUCGAUUAUCGUUGAUUCAUUGUAGCUGCU